AUGCGUCUUAUCGGUGACAAGGAUCAUGAAAAUGUCUGGCGAAGUAAAAUAGAAACUUUUGGUCCUUUUGCUUUUCUUCUCCAUUAUUAUUUGUCUUAUGAAAAUGUAUAUCAUCGAACAAGCACUACUAUAUAUCGAGGUGCUCAAUUAACUGAUAAAAUGAUUGCUGAAUAUCAACGUGUGGCUCAAAGCAAAGAUUCUCGUCGAUCAUUUCAAGCAUUUACAUCGUGUACUCGCAAUCGAACCAAAGCUGAACAAUUUGGUAACGUUUUAUUUGUGUUGAAUGCUGAAAAUCGUCGAUCAUAUCGCACGCUAAAUAUGGAUAUUUCUUCUCUAUCUGCUUAUCCGGAGGAAGAAGAAGUACUUCUGCGACCAGGACGAUCUUUCAAAAUUGAACGUGUUGAAAUCGACAAGACUAAAAACAAACAUGUUAUCUAUUUAACAUCGAUAUCUACAAGUGAUAAACACUAG